AUUUGUCCCUCCGCACGACCCGUAGCGUUUUCCGUUCCGCACCCCUCCAUGAUGGAGGGAGCUGCAGCCCCCUCCGAGGGCCUGCGCUAUGCCGAGUACGCCAGGGUCUCUACGGGCACCGGCGGGGGCCAAGCCGAGCUGGACCGAGGGCUGGCCAAAAGAAUGAUAGCAGUUGGACUUGGUGUUGCAACUGUUGCAUUUGCAGGUCGUUAUGCUUUCCACCUUUGGAAACCAUUGGAGCAGGCAAUUACAGAGACAGCAAAGAGGAUUUCAACUUCUAGUCUUUCAUCAUACUAUAAAGGAGGAUUUGAACAGAAAAUGAGUAGGCGAGAAGCCAGUCUUAUUUUAGGAGUAAGUCCAUCUGCUGGCAAGGCCAAAAUCAGAACAGCCCAUAGAAGAAUCAUGAUUUUGAAUCAUCCUGAUAAAGGUGGAUCACCUUACUUAGCAACAAAAAUAAAUGAAGCGAAAGACUUGUUGGAAUCCACUGCCAAAAAUUGAAAUCCGACGCCUUGGGUCAUAAGAGAUUCAGCAGAUACAUUGUGCAACAGCUUUCAUAUCUACUUGCUCUGCACAGUUCCUUAACACUGCAUUGAUUGUUCCUAUUUAUUGUCAUAAUUAAAAGUUUAAGGUUAUUUAAAAGCAAACUGAAGUAUUUUACACUUAUGUAAAGUUAUGUACAGUUAUGCUCCUGUGAGGAGCAGGGAGUUGGACUUGAUGAUCCUUAUGGGUCCCUUCCAACUCAAAAUAUUCUAUGAUUCUAUGUAUCAGUUUUAGUGUAUUUGUAUUGAUCUAUGAUCCAUUACAAGCUUUGAAGAUGUUCUCCUACUGUCUGUGUUUUUCUUCAGAAGUAGUUGCUUCUUUCAUUAAACUUUUGGAGCUUUUUAAAAUUUAAAAAAUAGUCUUAAAUAUAGGUGUGUUUUCUUCGUUGAUGAACACUUGGCCACGGCCAGAAAUUCUGUGACAAUGUACUGAGUCACAGGAAGUAUGGCAGACUCUGUACGGCAAGCUUUCAGCAUCACCUUGCACUUGAAUCUGUUCGUUUGUGAAAUAGUAGGGCUUAUUCAUGUGUGCAGUUUGAGAGGUGCAACUUGGAACAAAACUGCAGUUUCCAUUAGCUGUAUCUAUGGGGCUUGGAGAUCCAAAGGAAAAGUUUUGGUUAGUUCUUUUACAUAUUAAAAGAUCUCUGAAAUUGUCAAAUAAUUAUUUGGACGUGCUUUUACUUGAAGUCACAGAGUACGUUUACUAUGUAGCAGCUAGGAUGGUGCAGGGGUUUUCGUGGCAGUGGAACUGAAGCAGGUAGGUCAAUGAUGAUAUAAAAUCCAUGUCAGAUAGAUUUUAUAGGCUGCGAUUGUCUAGGUCGGUCCAGUCGUGUCAGCCUGGUGUAGGACUGAUACGGCAGGGAACAAGCAGGACUGUGCCCCUGAUGAUAGUAGCUUUGCUUAUGGCUCUGGCUGGGCUUACUGGGUUAGUUCUCCAGUACUUCUCCGCAGUAUGCUCUAUUUCCCAAAGUAUCGUACGCACCUCCUUAUGUAGUGCCCUACCAACCUAGUGCUGGCUUUGGGGAAUACUGAAGCCAUGGAUCUCUGACUCUAAAGAGAACAUGUUUUAAUUGACAGCUGAGAAUAGGUGCUAUUUGGGACACUUGGCUGCUGCAAAUUCCUACCAGUAAGUUGGCUGCAGAUUAAUUAACUCUCCUAAAAGGAUGAUGAUGAGUCAGUCAAGUGGAUUCAUUGCAAGACUAAAAAAACUUUAUAGUAUCCAUUCAAACUCUUAUCAUUUGAGGUACAGCAAACAACUUGCUGAAGUGCUGCACGCAUAAAAUUUAGAUAUCCUGUUUUGUAGGUUGUUUAGCUAGAGGGAAGUGGCUAAGAGCAGUUAAAUAAUUAAAGCAUCCAACAUCAUAUUAUCCACCAGAAUGUGCAUUUGUCUGGUCGUCCAGUGGUGGAUGUCCAGACUGCAUGGAUUUUUCUGUGAAAGGAAGAAAGAAUAUGAAUUAGUUUUUAUCAGGUUCCUCCCACUUUGUCACAAUUCCUGUACUUUCAUUAGAGACAGACAAAAAAAAAAGUUUAAGUUGACCCUGAAAGAAAAUACUAACUUUAGGUAAUUAAGAGACUUCUUGACAAUUACAGUGGCAGGACGUAUGACACAACUUCGAACCAUAGAGUCAUAGAAUAAUUUGGGUUGGGAGAGACCUUUAAAGGUCAAACUUGGCUGGAUAAAGCAAAAAAGGCUGCAGGGAAAAGCCUGCCUGGGAACGGGCAUACGCUGUAUGAGUACUACACCUGUGACAUUUAACUAAUGCUCUAAUACAAGCAACUUUAAUUUGAAGAUAACAGACUUUAUUCCGAUGCAGUAGCCUUAACACUUCUUUGUUGAAGGAGUAGCCACCAAUUCAUGCACAUUUAAGGUUAGUUAUUCCUUUUAUUGGUAUAUCAGUCUAUAUUAGCAAAAAAAAAACCCACCAAAAAACCCACACACCAAACCCAACCAUUAAGGCUUUCAAUUUGGGAGGAGAGAAGUGAGGUGGUGGGGUUGUUCCUCGUUUUCGUAAGUCUGUUAAGUGAUCUCAAUCUUUGUUCAAAACCAAAAUUGAUGUGUGUGGUAGGUAGCAAAAGUGUUCUUUGUAGUGAUUUUGAACUGACUAGCUCUUGUUUUCAUAUGAUUGCCUUCCCCCCCCACCCCGGCCCCAAAUACAGUGUGGUAUAAAGAGCUACAAAGUAUCAGUUUAAACAAGUGCAUUAAAGAUGGCUACUUGUUCUGUUCUUAAACUUCCCCUGUCUUUGUAGGAAGUACGGGGUUUAUUUUUGUGAGAUUGUGUUGUUGGUAAUUUUCUUCCUGAUCCAAUUAUUUAUAUCUGAUUAUUUUGGAAGAAACACUUUUUCUGGCUUUCAGUUGUGAGAGAGAUUAUCCUUUUUAAUAACCAA